AUUUGAGUUUCAAGUUUUGACAGUGAGGAAAAAGAUAUAUGUACAUUUAUUUUUCGCUCCGGAAAAAAUAAAUUAUUUUGUGAUUCAUCCAUACGCAGCUCACUGAUAUUCGUGAAGAAAGUGCAACGGGAUCCAUUGCAAAAGGGGAAAGGUGUGUGAAAUUGUUGCAGUACCUGAGGGGGCGUCGUGAGUAACGUUGGAAGUGCGUGUGUGCGGUGGGAGCAAAAAAAAAGUGAGGGUGAGAAAAGGUGGCUGAAAGAAGCGAAAGUGACACCCAAGAGGAGUCCAAAAAAGUUCACAUCAACCCGUGUACGUUUCUGUUGGUGCUCUGUGUGUGCUACAAUCGAGAAGUUUGGUGUGGUCUGUGGGUGCGCCAAAGCAGAAGGAAUCUCCUCCAAUUGACUCAUCACUGGCGAACGGGGAAGGUAUAGCGACGGAAUGGAGGCGAUAGCGAAGCACGAUUUCAGUGCCACUGCCGACGAUGAGCUGAGCUUUCGGAAGGGACAGAUUUUGAAGAUUUUAAAUAUGGAAGAUGACAUGAACUGGUACAGAGCCGAAUUGGACGGCAAGGAGGGCCUAAUACCCAGCAAUUAUAUCGAAAUGAAGAAUCAUGGUUGGUACUACGGAAGAAUCACGAGAGCUGAUGCGGAAAAGUUGCUAUCAAAUAAACACGAGGGAGCAUUUUUGAUUAGAAUAAGUGAAUCGAGUCCAGGAGAUUUCUCUCUUUCCGUCAAAUGUUCCGAUGGUGUUCAGCACUUCAAAGUGUUGCGCGAUGCACAAGGAAAAUUCUUCCUGUGGGUCGUUAAAUUCAAUUCCCUGAAUGAAUUGGUGGAGUACCAUCGUACGGCCAGUGUAUCUCGUUCUCAAGAUGUCAAACUACGUGAUAUGAUUCCUGAAGAGACACUCGUCCAGGCUCUCUAUGACUUUAUACCGCAGGAAUCUGGGGAAUUGGACUUUAGGCGUGGGGAUGUAAUCACAGUCACGGAUAGGGCAGAUGAGCAUUGGUGGAGUGGUGAGAUUGGCAAUAGAAAAGGACUCUUCCCAGCUACUUACGUAACUCCCUACCAUUCAUAAUGUACGUGAUUGAAUUUUAAUACCGAAACGUGGGAAAACUUGCUGCAGAGAGAACAAUUUUUAAUGAUUAUGGAAGAUAAAAAAAAAUGAAAAUAACAACAUCUAGGUCGAACAAGUAAUUUUUCCUUAUCUUUCACUGUAUAAGCCUCCCCCCUCCCCAUAACUAAUACUAUAUGCAAAAGGGACAGGGGGAGGGAGAGAGAAUAAAACAAACAACAACAAUCAAAUACCAUGAGUCAUUUGGGGGAGAAAUUUUUAUCAUUUUUUAUAGAACAGAAAGACACACAACAUACACACACGUUUUGUAAGAAAUUUUUGCAUGGUUUUCAGCUUUUUUUUUUUGGUAAUUUUUAAAAUAUUUCAACACACAAAAUAAAUAAAUAAUAAAAAAAUAAGUUUGCAUUUAAAUAUAAAAAUGAAACAAAUUGACCAUAAAAUGAUUGUGUAUACCAGAUAAUAUUUAUAUUCUAUUCUGUUUCUAUAUUUUAUUUUUCCUUUCUCACGUGCACAAAAAUGAUAUUUAAAACCGUGUGAGCAAUAAAAUAUUUUCUGCCAGAUAAAAAAA